AUGGGUUCGGCGUCGUCUAGGUACAUCCUUACUGAAGUUCCCAAGUAUGCUACCCCCGUUGCUGAGGCUCGUGGCGACUCGUGCAAAACGUAUGAUUAUGUCAUUGUCGGCGGAGGCACCGCCGGCUGUGUGCUCGCCUCGAGGCUCUCCGAGGAUCCCAAUGUGACUGUGCUCCUCCUUGAGGCUGGAAAAAGUCACGAAGGCAUAUUGCCGAGUCGAAUCCCGCUCUCCUUCACAAAGCUAUUGAACAGUGAAUUCGACUGGAAGUUCUCUACCACUCCUCAGGAGAAGCUCGACGGCCGUCGUAUCGCAUGGGCCAGAGGAAGAGUGCUUGGCGGGUCGAGCACAAUAAAUGCUGUGAUUUACCACCGCUGCGCGCCGGAAGACUACGAUGCAUGGGAGAAGCAGGGGGCUACUGGCUGGGGCUACGAGACCAUGAAACGGCUGUUCCUCAAGGCGGAGAAAUACCUGCCCGAGGCACACUCGACGGUCGACCCGUCGCACCACGGUGACUCUGGCCCGUGGAAGGUUAGAGGUGUCCCACUGGCGCCUGCUAGCGAGACGAUUGUGCAAGCCUGUGAGAACGCGGGUAUUCGUAGCCUACCGGAUUUCAACACUGAUGAGGGCACGCUGGGCGUGGGCGCAUUCACGGCCUUCAUAGACGAGAAGAGUGAACGGAGCUCGGCAGCGACGGCAUAUCUCCACCCGGGAGUGCUUCAGCGGCCCAACCUGACUGUCGCUGUCUCAAUCACGACGGAACGGAUCCUCUUUACGAACGACGCCGACGGCACGCCGCGCGCUACGGGCGUGGUGGUCUCGACUGCCGACGGCGCACCCAAGUACCAGGUGCGCGCGGCGAAGGAGGUGGUCGUAUGUGGGGGUGCAAUAUGCUCGCCGCAACUGCUGCUUGCCUCCGGGAUCGGGCCUGCCGCGCACCUCGCAGAGAGGAAUGUGCCCCUCGUGCGCAAUGUCCCGAUGGUCGGCGAGAACCUGCUCGCGCACUUCUCGCCGGGCGCGAUGCUGUUCAGGAUGAAGCCAGGGACGACGUGGGACUAUCUGUACAGCCCGACGUCUACGAUCGUUGGCCUCCUUAGAUGGCUUGUCUUCGGCACGGGGCCCCUGUCCACGAUUGGAGGUCAAGUCGGAGUCUUUGUGCGUUCUGAUGACCCUCGUCUGCGCUCACCAUCCCGGGGUCCAAUCGCGGACCUUAGCUCAGGGCCAAAGGCGCCGGACAUCGAGCUCGCGACCGCGCCGAUGACUGUGAUUGCCCGAGGCACUGUGAAUCCCCCUCCGGGUACACACGGGAUUACGAUGGGCCCGAUUCUGUUGAAGCCACAGAGUAAGGGCACAAUCCGGCUGCAAUCCACGAACAUGUGGGACCCGCCGCUCAUUGAUCCCAACUACCUCGCUACGGAAAGCGACAUGAACCUCGCGCUGGAGUGCAUGCGGAUCACCAUGCGCAUCGCACGCUUGGAGCCCAUUGCGUCCAAAUUGGAUCUGUCAAACCCACCUGCGAAGCCUGUAUUCGACGAAUUCUGGCCGACAUAUCAGGACCCUGACACUGUCUCGGAUGAAGACCUCAAGACCUGGCUGCGGAAGUGGGGCACGACGGCGUGGCAUCCGACCUCGACCGUCAAGAUGGGCGCAUCUCCCGCCACAAGCGCUGUGGACACGGAACUGCGUGUGCACGGCGUGCACGGCCUGCGCGUGGUGGACGCUUCCGUCUUCCCCGAUCAGGUGUCGGGGCACCCGUGCGCCGCGGUGAUAGCGAUCGCGGAGAGAGCAGCGGAGCUCAUGAAGAGCUGA